AUGGAUCCUUGGAAGGAUCACAAAAAGAAGUCAUCAAAGGAUUCUUCACAGACAUUUUUAGAAGAAAUCUAUAAGAAGUCCCCUGCUGACUUACAGUGUGAUGCUAAAUCCAACAAUUAUUAUCUUGUGCCACUAGAUGUAAUACACGGGUGCAAAAAUUCAACUCUGGAGGAGGCCACAGUUGAAGAGAUGGAGAAUCAUGAUCAUGAGGAUGAAACCAUUUCUUCAGAGAUUAUUGAUGCUUUCCAGAAAUCUUCACCAGAUGAAGCUGCUGAAAAGAUGAAAGCAAAAUGGAAAGACUAUGAAAAUGUUACACUGAAUAUUGCUAUCACUGGCAUGACUGGGGCAGGGAAGUCCACCUUUGUAAAUGCAAUUAGAGGGCUACGUAAUGAUGAUGAAGGGGCUGCUCCAACUGAUGCAGUAGAAUGCACAAAAUAUCCCACUGUGUACCCUCAUCCAACACUGCCAAAUGUGAACAUCUGGGACCUGCCAGGAAUGGGAACAAAACAGUUUAGAGCGAAGACAUAUCUGAAGGAUGUUAAAUGGGACAGAUAUGACUUCUUCCUUAUUCUGAGUUCAGAAAGGUUCAAAGAGAAUGACAGUAAUCUGGCCAAAGCAAUUAAGGAAAAGAAAAAGUUGUACUAUUUUGUACGGACAAAAAUUGACAAUGACAUUCAAUCAGAGUCCCAAAAGAGAAGCUAUAAUGAAGAGCAGAUGCUCAAAAACAUUAGGGAUGACUGUGAGAAAAACCUGACUGUGAAAGCGGGAGGGAAGCCCAAAGUCUUUUUGAUAUCCUCUUUUCAUUUGGAGAAAUAUGACUUCCCAAAACUAAUCAGAACCUUGGAGGACGAACUUCCAGACAACAAGCUAUUUGCUCUCAUUCAGUCUUUGCCUGUUCACUCCACUGAGGCUCUUGAGAGGAAGAAGAAGUAUUUCCGGAAGCUGAUUUGGAUGUCAGCAUUUGGCUCUGGUGUUCUUGCAGUUACUCCCAUUCCAGGGCUAUCACUGGCAUGUGAUUAUGGCAUUUUGAGAAGCUUCUUUGAAAAUGUCUACAAGUCCUUUGGCCUGGAUGAAAAAUCACUAGAACUACUGUCAGCAAGAGUCAACAAGCCAGUCGAAACUCUGAAAGCAGCCAAGGAAUCACGCUUCAAAGAUGGAGUCAAUGAAGAAAUGCUGGUCAAUAUGCUUAAAAAACCUAUUGUGGUAGCUGCACUAACAAUUGAGCAACUGUCAAGCUUUGUUAUUGGCAUUGGCUCACUAACUGCAGGGGGAGUGUCUAUUGCCACCAUAUAUCAUCUGUUAAAAAAGGGACUGAAUGAGAUGGCAGAAGAUACCAAAAGAAUACUUACUGUAGCAGAGCUAGCAGAGCUUGUAUAA